AUGACAAUGUCAUCAUUACCAAUACAUCGCUAUCCUCGUCCUUCAAAAGAUAAUAAAUUCGACUCCGAUACAUUCGGAGAUGAUUUUGAAUGGUUUGAUCCUUGGAAAGAUACAAAUUCGAAUACACCGGGAUCAUUACGUUGGAUUAAUCAACCAAAACAACAAUCGGUCGAGGAGAAAGUUGCACCAGCGUUACAAUCACCAAUAUAUGGAGAUAAAUAUCGUGUUAAACUCGAUAUCUCUGAUUUUGAUCCGGAAACUAUACAAACAAAACUCGAAGGUCGUCUUUUAAUUAUAGAAGCGAAAAAGAAACAUCAUCAAAGCAAUAGUGAAAAUGUUAUCGAACGAAUAUUAUACGAUUUACCUGAACCUGUUUAUGAACAUGCUGAUGCUGAACAUUUGGUAUCUUAUGUGACAUUAAGCAAUAUGUUAAUUGUGGAAAUACCAUUACAUAAUCAUGAACAUAAACAACGAUAUCUUCAAUCUACAUCGACAAAUACAAAUGAUAAAUCUGAUUUACUUCCCUAUGGUCAACAUCGUGAUCAAUCAUUCGAUUAUCAUCAUUUUCAUACAUCAGCUUUUACACCGAAAGUUCUUGAUGCAGAAGGACAGAAGAAGAAACUACAAAUGUCUUUACCAAUGAAAAACUAUCAUCCGGAACAGAUUAAAGUAUCUGUUAAAAAUAAUGAUUUGAUUAUCCAAGGUAAACAUAUAUCACCUGGAGAUCGAAGUCUGGAAAAAAGCUACUUUUACAAAUCAAUUACACUUCCACCUGGUACACAAAUUGAUCAUCUACAAUCGUAUUUAACACACGAUGGACAUCUGCAAAUCGAAGCACCAUUUACAGAAUACCUUCCAAAAAAUUGA